GGACGGACGCCCCCGCACACGCAGACGCACAGAGCUCCGCGCGGCCCCCGUCACACAUACAUUGGCACAGAGACACACAGGGACACACGCAGACACACGCACACUCGCGCGCGCACAGCCUCCCGCCGGCCUGCCCGCUCGCUCGCCGGCGCCCGGAGCCCGCUCUGGCCGGAGUGAGAGAAAGAGCCAUACCACUGAUGUCUCCGAGGGAGGGACCCUGGACAUGUGCUGCAGUGAGAAGCUGCCGGGUCUCCCCCAGCCGGUAGUGAUGGAGGCACUGGAUGAAGCCGAAGGGCUCCCAGAUUCACAGAAAGAGAUGCCACCGCCCCCUCCUCCCUCACCACCCUCAGAGCCAGCUCAGAAGCCACCACCUCGGGGCGCCGGGAGCCACUCCCUCACUGUCAAGAGCAGCCUGUGCCUGUUUGCUGCCUCACAGCUCCUGCUUGCCUGCGGGGUGCUCUGGUUCAGCGGCUAUGGCCACAUCUGGUCGCAGAAUGCCACAAACCUUGUCUCCUCCUUGCUAACGCUUCUGAAGCAGCUGGGACCCACGGCCUGGCUGGGCACUGGGACCUGGGAAGUACCCAGUCUGCUGCUGGUCUCUCUAUCUGUGGGCCUGAUCCUCGGCACCACCCUGGUGUGGCACCUCCUGAGGACCCCCCCAGAGCCCCCCACUGCACUGCCCCCCGAGGACAGGCGCCAGUCAGUGAGCCGCCAGCCCUCCUUCACCUACUCGGAGUGGAUGGAGGAGAAAGUCGAGGAUGAUUUCCUGGACCCGGAUCCCGUGCCAGAGACUCCUGUGUUUGACUGCGUGAUGGACAUCAAGCCUGAGGCUGACCCCGCAUCACUGACUGUCAAGUCCAUGGGUCUGCAAGAGAGGAGGGGCUCCAACGUCUCCCUGACCCUGGAUAUGUGCACUCCGGGCUGCAACGAGGAGGGCUUUGGCUAUCUCAUGUCUCCACGUGAGGAGUCAGCCCGCGAAUACCUGCUCAGUGCCUCCCGUGUCCUCCAAGCUGAGGAGCUUCACGAAAAGGCCCUGGACCCUUUCCUGCUACAGGCAGAAUUCUUUGAGAUCCCCAUGAACUUUGUGGAUCCAAAAGAAUAUGACAUCCCUGGGCUGGUGCGGAAGAACCGGUACAAAACCAUACUUCCCAACCCUCACAGCAGAGUGUGUCUGACCUCACCAGACCCUGAUGACCCUCUGAGUUCCUACAUCAAUGCCAACUACAUACGGGGCUACGGUGGGGAGGAGAAGGUGUACAUCGCCACUCAGGGACCCAUCGUCAGCACAGUGGCCGACUUCUGGCGCAUGGUGUGGCAGGAGCAUACGCCCAUCAUUGUCAUGAUUACCAAUAUCGAGGAGAUGAAUGAGAAAUGCACCGAGUAUUGGCCAGAGGAGCAGGUGGUGUACGACGGUGUUGAGAUCACUGUGCAGAAAGUCCUUCACACUGAGGAUUACCGGCUGCGACUCAUCUCCCUCAAGAGUGGGACUGAAGAGAGAGGCCUGAAGCAUUACUGGUUCACAUCCUGGCCUGACCAGAAGACCCCAGACCGGGCCCCUCCACUCCUGCACCUGGUACAGGAGGUGGAGGAGGCAGCCCAGCAGGAGGGGCCCCACUGUGCCCCCAUCGUUGUCCACUGCAGCGCAGGGAUUGGGAGGACUGGUUGCUUCAUUGCCACCAGCAUCUGCUGCCAGCAGCUGCGGCAUGAGGGUGUGGUGGACAUCCUGAAGACCACGUGCCAGCUCCGUCAGGACAGGGGUGGCAUGAUCCAGACAUGUGAGCAGUACCAGUUUGUGCACCACGUCAUGAGCCUCUACGAGAAGCAGCUGUCCCACCAGUCCUCAGAGUGACCAAGCUCCUCCUCCAAGGUCCUCUGGGUACUGCCCAGCCUGAGUCUGAGCGCUCACCCCAGCCUCCCAGGGCUCUGCCCCAUGUCCUGGGCUUGCUCCCUGCCCUUACCUGCUCCUGCUUCCUUCCUUCUGUCUGCUCCCUCCUGCUCUAUUAGCCUUGGCCUGGCCCCUGCCCCCCAGCAUAGCUCUUCCUACUGUACAUACUGGGGAGUAGGGGGAGGGGAGGGAUGUGCCAGGCCAGGCCUGGGGCCCCAGGGCCUGACCCACAGGGCUCAGGCCUGGUGCCUCAGUUUUUAACGAUGAUUCCAUCACUACUUGAUACAAAACAUUUCUGUGCCACACUCCUAGCGUCCUGCUGCAGCGUGUUCUGUCUGU